CGAGGUUCCGCUUAAGCUCCAGGGUGCCGCAAGCAGGGCACAAGCCAUGAGCCUUCUUCCCUUCAGGCACUGCUAAACCGGAAUGUCAGGGAAGGUCCAUGCUCCAGAUAGCAGCCAGUCAGCUGCCUUGCCUUUGGCAGCCACUUGUCUGUUAAAUGUUAAAUUGUAGGCAUACGUAUUUCUCCACGGGUUUUUUUGUGUUGUUUUCUUUAGGAUUUUUCUCCCAAGUUUGGAAGUUGCUUGGAAGUGGAAGUAGAAAAUCCCCACGGUCUGCUCUUUGUGCCGAGAAUAAUUUCCACCUUAUUAGGUACAAAUGUAUUUAUAUAACAACUGAAAGUAAAACAGAACGGAGGAGGGGGUGGAGCAUUUGCUGCUGUCACUUGUGCCAACCUCGUCCUGACUUCUGUGUAGUAUCGACUCGCUGCUCAGCACUCCGAGACAUGUCUCAAAAUGUAGUUUCCUGAUCCAGAUGCUGUGCUUCUCUUCUGAGUAAUGGUCCAGCAGGCAGGAUGCUGCGGACAGCACGGCCAACACAAAACUCUGCUGGAGCAUUGAGCAGGCUGCAGAGUCAGAAAACACACCUGGACAGUGUUUGUCUGCAGUAUCCGCUGCAUCGGCUUCUCAACAGCCAUUGCUUUUGCCUUUUAAAGAAUGGGAUGGGACUAAUCAUCUUCUUCCUAUGUGCUUAUGUACCAAAGACAGAAGCAGGUCAUUGCAAGUGGGCAGAAGUCCUGAAAGAUUUGGAAAGGAUCAAGACAUCCAAAGAUAUUGAUGUCAGUUUAUACACUGCAAACGCAGACGAGGAUGAAGAAUGCCAAGAACUUGUAAUGAGGUGCUUUAUCUUAGAGACAGAAGUGAUAUUUCAAGAAUGUCGUAUCAAAAAUUGUAGUAAAACACAGGAUGUGUGGAACAUAUGGAAAAAUGUGGAAAGCUUCAAAAAAAAUAAGUUGACUUCCACAAAAUCAGAAAAAUGCAAAGAAUGUGAAGAAUAUGAAGAAAAAAAUUUUACAGAAUUUGUGCAGAAUUUUGUAAAGGUUAUACAGAGGGAUUGCAAACACUGACCAAAAGACACAAGCUGGGAAACAAGAUUUUUACAUGAACACCCUCAGAGAAACUAGAUUAUCACCAAAAAUAAACCAGAAAAUGAACAUAA